AUGGAGAAAAUUGGGGGGCUUGGAGGAGAAGCUUCGACGGCGAUGGGGAUGAAGAGAGUUGUCUUGAAGUCAUCGGAGAAGGCGGCACCGAAGCCGCAAGUGGGUGUGGAGAAGAAGCAAACGGAGGUGACCUUGACUCGGACGAUUGGGGGAAGCGCACAAUUGGUGGAUGGGAGCAUCGAGGGAACCAAGACUCCGGCGGUGGCAAAGAACCUGAUCAAGAUGGAGACGGAGAGGAACGGCGUCACGGAAGCCGUGGGAGCUGUAGCAGAAGCCGUGGGAGCGACUGCCGCAGCGGAAGCCGUGGAAGCACGGUUGACACGAGAAAUUGACACGGAUGGACCAACGAAGAGGUGA